AUGAUGACCAGGUGGGCAAUGGUGAUGUUCAUGGUCCUGAUGUUGGGUAGGGUCCUGUUUGUCCCAGGGACCCCCAUCCCCACCUUCCAGCUCCUUUCUCAGAAAUAUCUGGAGACAACUCCCUGCUCUGUGGCUCCAGAGAGCCCUUCAGCCACUGCCACAGGGCCCUCAGCUUCCUGGAGCAACUCUAAAGCCAACCCUCACCGGGACACACAGAUCACACUCUCACUGGAUGUCCCCAUUGGCCUCCUGCGGAUCUUACUGGAGCAGGCCCGGAACAAGGCUGCCAGGGAUCAGGCUGCCACCAAUGCCCGAAUACUAGCCCGUGUUGGCCGCCGCUGA